AUGUUAUUUGAGCCUACACAGCUGACAUCGGCCUUAACACAAAGCACAAGAUUAAAAAGAAGCGAUGAGCAGGCAAAAAGUACAAGGCUGUGGCAACACGACAAGCCUCAUUCGUUUCAGAAGAUGUUGAGUUGUGAAGGAAGAACAAUAAAAAAAAGUGUUACUCUGCCUCGUCUGUCUGUUCAAAUCUUGCUACUUGAAUUGGCAAUUAUAAAAAUGCAGAAGCCAAUAAACGGAAACGAAAGAAGCGGCGAAGAUUUUAAUCUUUUUCUUUCUUGA